AUGGCCGAGUUCGUCGAUCCCCGGAUGACCAGCAUCAAGCCCCGCAUCCGCUAUAACACCAUCGGAGGCAUUAACGGACCGCUGGUCGUCCUUGACAAUGUCAAGUUCCCCCGAUACAAUGAAAUUGUGUCCCUGACGCUGCCUGAUGGCACGGAGCGUUCUGGUCAGGUCCUGGAGGCCAGAGGAAGCAGAGCCGUCGUGCAGGUUUUUGAAGGUACUUCCGGUAUCGAUGUGAAGAAGACCAAAGUCGAGUUCAGCGGCCACAGCUUGAAGCUUGGUGUGUCCGAGGACAUGCUGGGACGUGUUUUCGAUGGUUCUGGACGUGCUAUUGAUAAGGGUCCUAAGGUCAUGGCUGAAGACUACUUGGACAUCAACGGACAGCCUAUUAACCCCUACUCGCGAGUCUACCCUGAGGAGAUGAUCUCCACCGGUAUCUCCGCCAUUGAUACUAUGAACUCCAUUGCCCGUGGACAGAAGAUUCCUAUCUUCUCUGCCGCCGGUCUUCCUCACAACGAAAUCGCUGCUCAGAUUUGUCGUCAAGCCAGUUUGGUCAACAAGCCUACCAAGGACGUCCACGACGGUCACGAGGAGAACUUCUCUAUUGUUUUCGCUGCAAUGGGUGUCAACAUGGAGACUGCUCGAUUCUUCACUCGUGAUUUCGAGGAGAACGGUAGUAUGGAGCGUGUCACUCUGUUCCUGAACUUGGCCAAUGAUCCCACCAUUGAGCGUAUUAUUACUCCUCGUCUGGCCUUGACCACCGCCGAAUACUACGCCUACCAGCUUGAGAAGCACGUCCUGGUUAUCAUGACAGAUCUAUCGGCAUACUGUGAUGCUUUGCGUGAAGUUUCCGCCGCUCGUGAAGAAGUCCCCGGUCGUCGUGGUUACCCUGGUUACAUGUACACGGAUUUGUCCACCAUCUACGAGCGUGCUGGUCGUGUUGAGGGCCGUAACGGUUCCAUCACUCAGAUUCCCAUUUUGACCAUGCCCAACGAUGAUAUCACUCACCCUAUCCCCGACUUGACUGGUUACAUCACCGAGGGUCAAAUUUUCAUUGAUCGUCAACUCGCUAACAAGGGUGUCUACCCUCCUAUUAAUGUGCUGCCUUCGCUGUCCCGUCUGAUGAAGUCCGCUAUUGGUGAGGGCCGCACUCGUAAGGACCACUCCGAUGUGUCUAAUCAGCUGUACGCCAAGUACGCCAUUGGUCGUGACGCCGCCGCCAUGAAGGCUGUCGUCGGUGAGGAGGCCCUCUCCUCCGAAGACAAGCUCUCCUUGGAGUUCCUCGAGAAGUUCGAGAAAACCUUCAUCAGCCAGUCCCCCUACGAGGCCCGUAGCAUCUUUGAGUCUCUCGACAUCUCCUGGAACCUGCUCCGUAUUUAUCCCAAGGAGCUGCUCAACCGUAUCCCCAAGCGCGUUUUGGACGAAUUCUAUGCCCGCUCCGCUCGCAAGGUCGCCAAUAAGGACACCCGGGACAAUUCGGGCGAGUCGCAGCAGGAUUCGGCACAGAAGACUACGAACCUUGUCGAUGCGUAA